UAAUCGAGUGAGACAGUCAGUCGGCACUUUCACCGUGUGCUGCAGGCAAUUAUAUCAAUGUACCCUGAUUUAGUUAAACCGGCCAUCAUAGAGCCGUCGUCAGAGAUUCAAACAAAUCCAAAUUGGUCUGCUUACUUUAAGGAUUGCGUCGGUGCAAUUGAUGGUACACACAUUCCAGCGCAUGUGUUGGCGGUUGACCACGCGAGCUUCAGCAAUCGCAAGGGGGUGCUCUCCCAAAAUGUACUGGCAGCGUGUACUUUCGAUAUGAAAUUUACAUAUGUGUUGGCCGGUUGGGAGGGUUCUGCUUCGGAUGCGAGAGUGCUACAUAAUGCAUUGACCCGAUCAGAUGAUCCCUUACUUGUGUCAAACGGUACUGUAUAUCUGUUAUGAAAGUGCCUAUCUAAUUGUUAACUAUGACUGUAUCCAGUUUUUCACUUAAUAUAUAACCUUGAUUCGAAUGUAUAGGAAAAUAUUAUGUUGUCGACGCUGGAUACGCUCAUUCACCUGGAUUUAUGGCUCCAUACUGGGGCGUUCGGUAUCACUUACAAGAAUAUCAAACCGGGAGAGCUCCUGCGAACAUGAAGGAGCUGUUUAAUUACCAAUAUGCACAAUUGCGCAAUGCAAUCGAGCGAUGUUUCAGUUUAUUGAAAGGCAGAUUUUCCAUCUUGAAGAGCGCUAUGCAGUACGAAUUUCAAACACAAGUCGAGAUUGUGAUAGCCUGCUGUGUCUUACACAAUUAUAUACAUGUCCAAAAUGAGUCUCCACAGGACAGUGAUUUCGCUACUAUAUCUGGUGUUGAUGUGGAGGGUAUCCCAACGCCACAAGAGCUAUCAAGAAAUUACGAGCGGCAAUGGUUACUUCGAGUAACGCAGCGUGAAAAAGAUGCUUGGAAUUGAAUCAACAAUGACAUUGCAGCGAGAAUGUGGGCAGAUGCUCAACAAAAUAGUGAAAUGACAGACUCCUUUAACGAAACAUCCACACCGACCCAGUCACCGGUAAAAACACCGCCGGUAGCCACCCGAUGUUCACCACGUGUGAAAACCAUGAAAUCUCUCGCGGAGCCUUCAUCUAGAGCGCCAAAGAUCAAAUGGACAAGUGCUAUGGACCAGAUACUGUUCGACACUUUCCUCGAACAGGUCGCACUAGGCCGUAAGGCUGAUAACGGAUUCAAGCGGGAGGCGUACCAGAUUGCGGCCGACGAAGUUACAAAGCACACUGGGGUAUUUGUCACAUGGCAAAACGUGUUCAAUCGGGUGAGAUAUUACAAGCGAGAGUAUACUGCAGUGAAGGACAUGCUGGCAGCGAGUGGCUUCGGUUGGGACACGGAGAGGAUGGUUGUGACAGCCCCUGAUGAAGUCUGGGAGCAAUAUCUCAGGUCUCACCCAAAUGCUGCUAGACUCCGCGGUAAACGAAUCGACAGGAUGGAUGACCUCGCAAUAAUAUGCGGAUCUGACCAAGCCACGGGUCGCUACGUACGAGGCAGCAGGAGUAUGGCCGCGUUGGCAUCUUCUUCUCGUCUACAGCGAGACCUUAAUGAAGCAUGGAAUUCUGUUGAUGACGAUAUGGAUGAUACGAUAGAUCUAUCAGAGGAUUACGUCACAGUCUCCACAGGGACCAUUCCAUUACCAUCGGACAGUCCUGCGACGGGACAUCACGGGUCCCGUGACACUCCCACUAGCAUUCCUGAUUCCGAUGGUACUCGCGGAGGGAUAGUAACAAGGAAACGAUCGCGCCCGCCUCGUCCAUGUGAUGUACUCGGGGCCUCAUUGAAUACCGUUGCCGAGUCAAUGAUGAAAUUUGGGCUUGGCAAACAGGUUAAUCGUACUAAGACAGUACUUGAUGUGCUCGAGGAGGUGAAAGGCCUGAAUACCAAAGAAUUUAUCGAUGUUGGUGAGAUCCUGAGUAAGGACAAGAUGUUGGCGUCGUUCUUUGUUAGUCUUUGACCUGAGUGCCGAGUGGAGUGGUUAAAGGAAAAACUCCGUGAUCAUUUUGGUGAUGGAGGUGCUAGUUCUAUAUGACAGGGUGUGGUCAAUGGGUUUGUUUUGCUGGUUUUUAUUUUGGGCAUGUAAUAACUUAUAUUGUUUGUCAUGUUUGUUUUUGUAUACUGAUAGGUUUUUUUUUUCUUUUAAUAUUUUGGAUUUUUGUGUGAUGGAAUGGUAUGCCUAACGUAUACCAAUAUGACUGCUAUUUUAAUGACUAAGUAUGUUAUGGAAGCAAUUCGGUAUAUCUACUCACAUGCUUGCAUUACGCACAUUAACUCAGAUUGGAUUAGUCAGUUCAUAUAAUGCAGGAAGGGUACGUACAUACGACUUUGAUAUUCAGAAUAUAUGAUUAGUAUUGCUUAUUUGAAUUACGGAUGUUCAUUCUUUCAUAUAUCAACUACAUGAUCUAUGCAUGCCAUUGCAGAUGGGUAAAGAAAAGUUUUACGCUGUCCUUGUCGGACGACGCCCUAGGAUAUAUAACACUUGGGAUGAGGCGUGUGUAGAAGUUGAGGGAUACAGUGGCGGUAGGCACCGCGCGUUUCGAAACUGGAAGGAGGCCGUAGAAUGCUGGGACAGUUUUUUCCGCAAGGCAUGUGAACCAUCCAGACCACUACCAGCGUCUCCGUGUUUACAGGUUGCCGCUGCAUCUGCUGAGAUCGAGAUCCAGCACGCUACAACUGGGUUUACCCAUUAGUCGACCCAUACGAGACAGGAGGUGCUGGAGAGGGCGACAUCGACUGAUGAUCUUGAUCAAUCGGAUAAUGAGAAAGUCCUUGCGAUUUUCGUGGGGCUGCUGAUUCUCUUUUUUGCAUUGCUUAUUAUAAUUAAAUUUUAAAUAUUAUUGUUCUAACUUUGAUUAUUUCUUUGACUUAUGUUUAUGGUUUUUGUGGACUAUAGCCAUGUGAUGGUUUAGUAUAUUAUAGGCUACGAGUAGGUUUUUGGAAAUCCUUUGUGGUAUUGAUAUCUGUCGACACCUAUAGUUUUAAUUU